UCAUUUAUGUUAUUAUAGUCAUUAUAUAUUGUUAACUUGUAUGUAGUAUGUUAACUUUUUAAAUGUAUGCAAAACUAGUCAUUUUUAAAAAUAGGGAUUUGUAAUCAGUUUAUCUAUUUAGAAGUAGUGUGGUACAAUGGGAUUAAGGUCGAUUUGGAGUCAGGAGACAAGGGUUCAAAUCCAGACUGUCUGGGGGCAAGUCCUUCCUGUUUUGCUGCCUCUUUGUUUCUUCCUCAGUAAAAUAGGGGUAAUAACAAGACUUGUAUUACCUGCCUGACCCAUGGCUGUUGUGAGGAAGGCACUGUGUAAACUUUAAGCCCCAUAGAAAUGAGAUGCUAUGGAAAAAGCAUGCAGCCUUUAAAAUGGCUGCAGUGAAGCAGCCGGUCUGAGAUUAGAGCCCCCCUUAAGCACAUUCUGCACAGGAGGGAGGAGGCUUAGAAUUUUGUUAAAGGGCAGAAGGCAGCACAAGGUACACAGGAGAGUACUAGAGGGAAGCAUUUCUCUCGUCAAAGAUAGCAGGUAGCACCAUAGAUUAAAGUGAGGUCGUGCACAGGAUGGCAGGGUAGCUAUCGGCUUCUGAGGGAGCAUCUCAGACCAUUUUGUUUUGUUGGGGCCAGUGGAUAGAACACACCAGGCCUGGAGGAAGAAAGACUUGAGUUCAUGUUUUACCUCAGAGGCUUACGAGCUUUGGGACCCUGGGCAAGUUACUUAAACCUUUGCCUCAGUUUCCUCAACUAUAAAAUGAGACUAAUAAUAGCACCCAUUUCCCAGAGUUGUGAGAAUCAAAUACGAGAAUAUUGGUAAAUUGCUUAGCACAAUGCCUGGCACACAGGGAACAUUUAAUAAGUGCUUAUUUCCUUCCUUCCUUCUCUUAACGUGUAUACUCUACAUUCUGAAUAUCUGCUUUAUUUUGCCUGGCUUGAGAUUGAACGGCAAGUGAAGAACUGAGCCAGACUUUGAUUAAGAACAGUAGAUUAGACAAAGGGGUGUAAUUUUAGGGGCCCUGUAAGACCUCUUCCCUACCUCCUAGAUUCUUAGGAUCUCACAAUGAAAAAUGUAUUACUUUGCUUAAAUACAGAGUUUGGAUGUGUACCUUAUUAAGAAUAAAUGGAAUUAGGGGCAGCUAGGUAGUAUAGUAGAUAGAACUCAAGGCUUGGAGUCAGGAGGACCUGGGUUCAAAUUUGACUUCAGACACUUCCUAGCUGUGUGACCUGGGCAAGUCAUUUAACCCUAAUUGCCUAACCCUUGGUGCUUUUCUAUCUUAGAAUUGAUAAUGAGAGAGAGGGUAAAGGCUAUUUAAAAAGUAAAGUGAUUCUAAGAUUCUUUCUUGAUUGGAUUUGGUGGAAAAUGAGGGAGGGAGAGCAUGAAGACUUUCAAUUCAGUGAGCAUGUCUAGGGCACUGGCAAUGCAAAAUCUGAGCCCCCGCCUUCAGGGAGCUCACAUUUUACUUAUGAUGAAUGCAUUGAAGGGAUAAAAGACCAGAGAAAGGAAGAACUGGGGAGUCACAGAGAGGAGUUUAUUUGCUCCACAGUUUUGAUCUGGGAUCAAAACCGAUUUAAAUAGAGUUGGUUGCUAACAUUUUUCAAAUGUUACGGAAUGCUUAGACUUUUGUAGAUAGCGCCAACACAGAGGUUGGGUUGGAUGACUUCCAAAUUCAAAGUAAUCGGUAAAGCCUUGACUUCUGAGUUAAUUCAAACUCCAGUGGAUCUAUUUACUCUUCAAUGAUCAGCCAUUUACUGAAUUGGCAUAGUAUGAAAGGGUGCAACAAGAGCUCUCACAAACACACGUAACGCUGGAAAAGAGAGGAACAUACACAUACAAUUCGUGAGUACUGAGAUUUGUACAUACGAAUCAUGCAUGGUCAAAGCAUGGAGAAGACGACUCAGAGCCUUAAUACUUCAAGGCCAUUGUUGUCCACAGACAACAUCUACUGGAUUACAUUCCACUGGCAAGCUGGUUCCUCGGUGCCCCAAGCUUCUGGCUCAGCUGAAGUCUUCAGUGGUUCUGCAGUUGAAGUAGAUGCUGCAUAGGAACCAUGUGAAUGGGACUUUUCUAUCUCCAAGGAGCUAGAUAUACCAGAGAAUCUUCAGUGCUUGGAACUCUCAAAAUUAGGAGCUCUUAAACUUGGAUUUACCCAUGAAUCAACCCUCAAAAUCCACGUGUUCCUCUGUAUAUUAAAAGCACAUUUGACUGAUGAGUGUGGUGGUUGAAUUUCCCUCGGAACUGGAGGAGGAUACCUUUGGAGGGGAAGAUGACAUGACAGAUGGAGAUCUAGGAAAUGGACUUGGCAGAAAACCUGGUGGUAUUUAUGAAAUGGAAAAUUCAAAUGCACCUAAUUCCAGAAAAGGAUCUUUUCCUUCAUCUCCAGAAAAGAGGGAAGAUAUCAACAACAUCAUAUGUCCUUAUUUCAAGCAUCGUAAUUCACACAGUACAUUUCCCCAAAAGCAUGGCUUUGCAAGUUGUAAACGACAAAGUGAUUUUUCUGAUUCAGAAUUGUCAAAUGAGCAAGUAAGGCAACAACUUCAUGAAGCUUUACAGGAAGUAGAAGUUCUACGAAUUGAGCUUGAAGCAUCACAAAAACAACUAGAGGGGAAAAGGGAAGCACUGAAAAUUCUUCAAAAUAUGGCAAUAUUUGGUAAAGCUACUAGACAUACCAAAGAAAUACUUCAAAAAUCAGAAGAACAGAAGAAAUCUUUGGAAAAGGAAAUAAAUACCCUACAAUGGGAAAUUGAAUUUGAUCAUGAUAGAUUUAAAACCAUAGAGGAAUCUUGGGCCCAAAAAUAUGACAGAAUAUACUGCGAAAAUUCAAUCCUUAAGGAAACUUUGAAAUUAAGAACAGAAGAAGUUAAAAGGCUUAAGUCUGAAAAUGCAACUCUGAAUCAGCAGUGCCUGGAGACCAUCGCAAUGCUUGACAUACGGCAGCAGAAGCUGAUUCAGGAAAGCAUGUGUCUUAAAAGUGGCUCCACGGAGGUUACAGGUCUUGAACUGGCAGUCCUUGGGGCUUGUGUCUGUAACCAUCCUGGGGGGCAACCUUGUUCCUGUUCGAAAACAGCUGCGAUGGCUAGAAAGCAGCUUCUUCAGCUGAAGCAAGAGUUAGAUCUGUUAAAGAAAAGUAAAGAAGAAGCUUAUAUAAUGGCAGAUGCAUUCCGGAUUGCCUUUGAGCAACAACUGAUGAGAAGAAAUGAGGAGACCCUCAAACUGAUGCAAGUGAAUAAAAUUUGUAAAAAAUCAACCAAAUGGCUAAACUGGAAACACCCUAAGGAUGACGGAUUUGUGUCGCAAAAGAAGAACUUUGGGCAGAAGCUAAUGGAUAUACUCACUUCUGAAGCCAAUUCUAAGAGAAAAGAGGAGCUCGACAAUCAUCAGGAAAUCUUCAGGAUCCUAAUAGAUUUGUUGAAUGACAAAGAAGAAGCUUUAGCGCAUCAGAGGAAAGUUAGUUACAUGCUUGCUCGGGAACUGGAAGACAAAGAUGCCAUCAAGAAGAGUAAAGACCAGGAACCUGUGAAAGCGGAUUCUCCGUGUGAAAACCACUCGCCUCCGACUUCAGACCCCCCUCGCUUCUUUGAUCCUCCUAUAUGUUCAGAUUUCCACAUUUUAAGCCGUAGGAACUGUAUUUGUUCAGUCCUGAACCACAACAUAGAUGCAACCUCUGUAGGAACACUAAAAAAAUCACGUUCCUUGCCAUCAAGGGUCAGAUUUUUUGAAGAAAUUCAAGUCGAAGAAACAUACAAAAUCACAACUGGAAGUAGUUUGUAACACCGUUUUUUAAAAAAUUAAGAUUUUGUACCUCUUACUGUGUCAAAAGAAGUUUUGCGCCUUUGUGCACUUUCUGAGCCUUUCUCAUUUUAAAACAAUAAUUUGACCAAACUAUGGGGAAAAUGCAUUUUCUAUAAUUUAAUGUUGUGGAGAAAUAGGUUUUAAAAUAUUUUUAGUAUAGUAUUCUUUUAAUAUUUAUUUAAUGUCCUAAAACCAAGCACAUAAAAUGAUUUAGAAACAAAAUAGAAACAUGAGCAUUCAACUAGAUUAUAUAAGAGGACCUUAGGUUGGCUUAAGGAGCCAUGGAACAAUUUUAAAAUGUUACUUUAAGGAGCUAUGGGGUAGCCAGGUGGCACAGUAGAUAGAGUACCAGGUGUGGGAGUGAGGAAAACUCAUCCAGCCUUAGAUACAUUAGCUGCUUGACUCUGGACAACACACUUAACCCUAUUUGCCUCAGUUUCCUCAUCUGUAAAAUGAGCUGGAGAAGGAAAUGGCAAACCACUCCAGUAUCUUUGCCAAGAAAACUGCAAAAAAAGAGUCCCAAAGAAUCAGACUGAAUAACAACUAAGAAACUGGCAUCUAACCGAUCCCUCCAAUAAAGCAGCAUAGUAACUUAUAAGCUGCUGAUACGGUUUUUAAUCGUGGAUUUUUCAGUGAACUAUUUGAUAUAAAAAGUUCAGAACUAAAAGUUCUAUUUUGUUAGUUUCAGUCUACAAUUUCAGAGGAUGAAAAUCUGCUUUUGUUGGUUUCUUUGGACAGAGCACGUUAGCUCUGGAAGGAUGCUCAGAACUCAUCUCGUCCAGUCCCCCCUCUUUGUACAGUAGAAAACAAGCCCACAGAUGGAACUUGCUCAAAGUCACUCAGGAACUUGGGUCGUCUGACUCAAAUCUGUCAUUCUUUCCCUGUAGCACACUUUCUGUCCCUCACUUUCUGUCUUAGUAUCAAUACCGUGUAUUGGUUCCAAGGCAGAAGAGCAGUAAGUAAGGGCUGGGCGCUGGGGGUUAAGUAAUUUGCCAGGAAGUAUCUGAGGCCAGAUUUGAAUUUAGGACCUUUAGAGAUUUGCCCUUGAAUCAAAAACAAGUGUUUGACAUUUUUAUCUGUGAUUCCUCAUCGGGUGAAUACAGCCGAGCUUCUGACAUCCCGUACCUCGCCGGUGUUAUGAGGACCGUAAGUAGUUUGUAAAAUCAUUUGGGUUCUUCAGAGAAAGACAUUGUUAAAAUUCUACUAAAAGAAUAGUACUGAGGAUCAAUAAAUAUAAGGCACGGUUUCUUUGUCCUACAUCACAUAGUUCGACACCAAUUUAUUUAAUGAAAAUAUGAUAAAAAACCCUGAAAAUGUUCUAUCUAAAGGCAAAACUUUUCUUUGCUCCUGUGCAGGUUUUCUGUCUCCUAGUAAUUUGACACUUGUUAGGGGUUCUUCAUUUUGAGUUAUUUCUCAUCCAUUUUUGCAUUUUUACAGCCCCUCAAGAAGAUGAAAUCUGCUGUACUCUAUCUGUUUAUAUAUCCAUUUGUCUUUGAUCAUUUAUGGCUUCAGUGAACAUCUUGUCUCUGUAUUUCUGAAGUCUGUUUAGACCUAUACUAAUGGUGAGAUGUAAUCUUUUAUUUUUCUUUCUGGUUUUGAACGUCUAGAUUAUUAUUGCUGAAAGUUGUAGAUAACUGUGCCCAUUUUGAAUACUGUCUCAUUUGUACUAUAUGUUGUUACAGACCAUAGGUGCCUUCUAGAUUAAUUUAUAUCAGGAUUUUACUGAUAAAAUGUUUUGUUCUGGAACUUUUAUUCUCUAAGGAUUUGCUGAAUUUGUAUAAUGACAACUCAUGUGACAUUUGGCGGUUCAA